AUGGAGAGGGAUUUGGAUGAUGAUAUUCCAGAGGGAUAUCCCGAGGAUGUCGAUGACUAUGAUGAUUCGGGACUCUAUGAGGAGGAGGUUGAUGAGGAUUUUGAUAACCAGCCUGAUCUAGAUGCUGAUGUUCCUUCUGCGGAUGAAGGGUUUCAAAGUAUUUUGACGGGCAGUGAGGGGCCUAGUCGGGAUUUAGAUGAUGAUAUUCCCGACGCAGCGGAGAAUGGGUCUGAACAAGAGGGCGAGUGGCAACAUACUGAUACAGAAGAUGAGGAAGACGAUGAAGACGAGGACGGGGAAGGGGACGAAAAUGCAGGGCAAUCCAACUCACUACGGCCUCGAAUGAAUGGCAACUUUCGCACCAGUACGCCAAAUAGUCGGAGUGGACUACCCCCUCCGCCGCCGCGUCGGGAGCGUGAAACGGAUGCUCAACGCCGAUUUAUCAAUCGAUGGAGUGGGGGUGGUGAUGCCUUGGAUUCGAGCAGCAUUCUGUUUGAGGAAGAUGAUCUCCGCGCUUCGGUUACUAGCCAGAGCAGUCGUCGCAGUGGCUUUGGGCGGAGAUUUCCUCGUCAUGUUGGUGGGCCUCGUGAUAGUCUUAACUGA